AUGUGGAUCGAAAAAGAAGUAAAAGAAAAUCAUACACACGGAGGAGCCUUAAGUAAACAAGUAAAUGAUGAUAUUGAACUAUUAAAAAAAAGUAAUAAAUUUUUAUAUGAAAAUGGAAAUAGAAAUUUAUUUUGUGAAUCAAUGAAAAGAGAUUGUAAUCAAAGUUUGAGAACCUGUAGUACCAUUGAUUUAAACAGAAGCUUAGAUGAAAAUAAAAAAAUGAAUACAAGUCUAUUAGUAUCAGGAUAUUUUAGAGAUAAAUUAUCAAAAAAACAUUCAAAUAAAUUAAUUAAUUCUGGGAAACAAAAUGUUAAUAAUGAAGAAUCUCGACCUAGUAAUAAAUACAAAAUAGAACCGUUCAAAAAAAAAAAUAAAAAUAAUGAAACAUUGUAUUGUAGAAAUUAUGAAAAUUAUGAAAAUAAAACAAUUUGUUAUCAAUCUGAUGUAAAAAUAAAUAAAGAAGAUUUCGAUGAUUUUUUUAACAUAGCAAAUGUUAAUGUGAAAAAAAAAAAUGAAUUUAGUUUUGGAAAAAAUGAUCAUAAUAUGUUUGGAGAGAAGCAUUCAAAUAGUAUUCUAGAAAAUGAAAAUAAAAAUAAAAAUAAAAAUGAAAAUAAAAAAAUAUAUAAUCUAAAUGCAAGUACAUAUAAAAAUACACAAUAUUUGAAUAACAGUUAUGUAUAUAAUGACAGUAUUGUAAAUAACAAUACAGUAUUAUAUAAAGAAUAUAAUACUACCAAAAAUGUUCGAGCCUUUGAAAAGGGGCUAGAUGUAAGCCAAGAAAAUGGUAGAAAAAGCGGUAGAAAAAACGAUGGAGAAAACGAUGGAGAACACAAUUCAAAUGCUUAUAAAAUUAAUAAAGACACAAUAUUAGCAAAUAAACAAAUGGCAUUUACUGAAACAAUAAGUGAUGUAUCCCCAAAAAAAGGUGUAAAACAUUCUAAUAAUGAAAUAACACAAAAAUUAAAUCAUAGGAAAGAUAAUGAUAAUAAACAAAGUGAACUUUUAAGAGUCAAAAAUUUUAUUUGUAAAGGGGUUCCUGGAAUUAUACGAAACAGUGCAAAUAGCUGUUUCACAUCUAAUAUAGAUAAAAAUGUGCAAAAUAAAAUUGAAAAACAUAUUAUGGAUUUUCUUGAAAAUAAUUUAAUUGGAAUCUUGGAAAAAAAAAACUUAUCUUGUAUUGAAACUGAUAAUAAUAAUAACAACAUUUCUGAUAAAAUAAAUGAAAGUAUAAAUCUUGAAAUAAAAAAAAAUAUUGAUAUAGCAUAUAAAAAUAUUAAUGAGAAUAUGAACACAAAUAUGAAUGAUGAAAUAAAAAAAAAUGUAGACAUAUUAAAUAACACUUUAAGCGAAAAUAUAAAUAGCAAAAUAAAAAAUAAUAUAGAAGAAUUAUAUAAUAAAAUAAAUGAAAAUGUAUUAGAAAAUAUUAGUAACAAUAUGGAAAAUAAUUUAUAUAAAAAUGUAAAUAACGAAUUAAAAAGAAAAAUAGAUAUUGUAGAAAAAAAAAUAGAUAUUAACGUAAAUGAAAAUAUAAAUAAAGAAUUAGAAAAAAAAAUCGAAUUUUUAAAUGACCAAAUAAAUGAAAAUAUAAGUAAAGAACUCAAAAAAUAUAUAUCUAUUUUAAGUAGAAAUAUAAAUGAAUAUUUAAGUGAUAAUAUUGAAAAAAAUACUAAAAUUAUGUCUAAAAAUUUAGGUCUUAAUUUAGGGGAAGAAAUAAAAAAUAAUAUUAUUGUCAUGGAAAAAAAUAUCGAUUAUAAUAUUAAUGAACAAAAUAUACAAAAAAAUUUAAAAAAAAUGUAUGAAAUGUAUAAUAUGAACACUAUUGAGGAUAUCAAAAGGGUAAUAAUUAAUGCCAAAGAAAAUCCAAAUCAAGAUGAAAAUAAAAAUGAUAUAGAAGAUAUAAAAAAUAAUUUGAAUACUAUAAUGGAGAAAAUUAAUAACAAAAAUAUAAUUGAAGAAUUAAAAAUACAUCUACAAACAUUGGAAAAUAAAUUUGAUGAAAAUUUUUCGAUUAUAAAUGAAAAUAAAUUAAAUCAUAAAAAUGAUAACAUUAAAGAAAUUACCGAACAAGUUAUUAAAGAAACUGAAUUAAAAUUAUCACUUUUUGCAAAAGAAAUAGAAAAAAAUACUUUUCAAUUUUUUGAUACAUCUUUAAAAGAUUCUACAAAAAUGCAAGAUGAAAAAAUAGAAAAAAAUAUAAUUUAUUAUGUUAAAAAAAAUAUAGAUGAACAGAUUCAAAAAUUAUCAGAGAACCUUCAUACUAGUAUAUCUAAUACAAUGUAUAACGAAUUUAAAUCUUUUAAUAAAUUACAAAUAAAUAAAACAGAUAUAAUUGAUCAUAUAAAAAAUAGUUUAUUACCAUUUCAACAAAAUGUGUCAAACUCUCUGGAAACUAACACUAUUGCAUUAAAAGACAUCAACAGUAAUAUUAUAAAAAUGGAAACAAACAAUAAAUUUGAGUUUAAUAAUCUUUUAGAUCAAAUUGAACUUAAUAUUUCGAAUCAUAUUAAUCAUAAAGUAAAAGAAAUCUCAACUACAAUAGAUGAAGCUUUAUUAGGAAAAGUUACCAAUAUAGAAGGAAGUAUAGAAGAAAUGAAAAAAAAAAUGAACGAUGCUAUUUAUCAAAUUGGUGAAAUCAACUUACAAAUCUUAUCUAUUCCAAACGAAGACAAAAUAAAUAAAAUUAUUAUUAAUUUGAAUAAAAAAAAAGAUUCCAAAAUCGAGUUUAAAAAAAUGUUACAAAAUAAAAAAAUAAUUCACAAUUCGAAUUUAAUUCCUCAAAAUUAUUGUAAAAAUAAUAAAAUAGACAAAGAAACAAAAAUUAAUAUGAAUAAAUAUAAUAUACAAAAUAUAUAUAAAAAGAAUAUAGUAGAUGUAAAGGAAAAUCAACUAAAUAUUAAAUAUAAAAACAUAAAUUGUAAAAAUAAAAUUAGCUUGUAUAAACAGUAUAAACAACAUUUCAACCCAGAAAAUAAUUUAUUAAAAAAAAAAUUAUAUACAUCAAAUCAAAUAAAUAGAAAAAAAAGAAAACCAAUAUAUACAGUCAACUAUAUGAAAAAUGACAAUAAUGAUUUAAUAGAAGUUUCUAAUUAUCUUAAGAAAAGAACCAUAAGAAAAAUACAUCUAUAA